AUGGCAUCUUCUGUUUUUUACAAGUUCAAUUCAAGGAAGGACGAGUCCAGAGUGUCGUUCGAUGGCACCGGUAUAUCUGUCUUCGAUUUGAAACGUGAAAUCAUUCUUGCCAACAACAUGGGUAAGGCGAACGAUUUUGAUCUCUAUGUGUACGAUGCGACGUCAAAGCAAGAGUUCAAAGAUGAUGCCCAAAUUAUCCCGCGAUCGUCUUCUGUAAUCGUAAAGCGUCUCCCUGCUGCUCGACCGGGCAAGGGCAAGGCGUCGUUGUAUGUUAAUGGGGGCGGUCCGCCGCCAAUACCCACUUCCGAGCCCGUGUCCCGAGGGGGAUCAGCCCCUGGUGGAAUCACCUGGCACAAGGGCUCCAUGUCUAAGAGAUUUGAUGGCAAAGAAGAACCUACAACUGUAUCUCCCUCCAAACAAUCGACACCGACACCGACACCAGUGGUGGCAAGCCACAUCACCAAAGAGGAUGAGGCGGCCGCAAUGGCUGCCAUGUUCCAAGCCCAGACUCAGAACUGGGAAGAAACCCAAGAAAAGAUGUCCCAGUUGGUGUUACCCUUCAGGGGCUUCAACCGCGGUGGAAAGCCUUUCCAGCCGCACCAAUCUCACAGUGAUAAGCCUCUGCCUCCUAGUUAUGUGUGUUACCGCUGCGGACAGAAAGGACAUUGGAUUCAGGAUUGCCCGACGAAUAGUGAUCGUGAAUUUGACAACAGACCGCGUAUCAAGAGAACGACAGGUAUACCUAGAAGUAUGUUAAAGGCGGUGGAAAACCCCAACAGUUCCGAACUGACACAGGGUGUGAUGGUGACUCCUGACGGAGGCUACGUUGUCGCUCAACCUGACGUGGCAUCAUGGCAAAAGAAAGUGGCGCGCGUGAAAGGCUUGACAGCGCUCGAGGUCCGCGAGAAGGUGCCGUCGGACGCAACAUUAGCAUGUCCGAUAGACAACAAGCUUUUCCGGGACGCUGUAAAAACGCCGUGCUGUAAUAAAGCCUACUGCGAGGAAUGCAUACAGACAUAUCUUCUUGAGCGAGAUUUCGUGUGCCCGAAUUGCCAGAAGAAGAUCCCGUCGCUGGAUAAACUCGCGGUGGACAAGCCCACGCGGACAAAGGUCACCGAUUACAUUGAGAAAGCUAUCGAAGAGAGCAGAAAGGAAGGAGGCGAAGAUGGCUCCGCUGCGAAAUCUGACGCGAAUGGCACACAGACCGGUGCAUCGGACGACGCGAACCUAGGCGAACAGGACAUAUACUCGGACCAGCAGCCCGACCUGAACAUGGACAUGUCCCAAAUGCUCGUCGACCAGAUCCCACAGCUGCAAGCGCAGAUCGCACAGAUCUCGCAGGCGCUGCAGAACCCGAACCUGCCGCGGGCGGUGCGGCAGCAGACGGAGCUGCAGCACCAGCAGCUGCAGAUGCAGCUCGCGCAUGCGCAGGCGGUGGCGCAGACGCUCGCGCUCGCGUCGUCGUAUCAGCAGCAGCAGGUGCAGGUGCAGCAGGCGGCGGCGGCGGCUGUUGCGGCUGCUGCUGCGGGGGUGGGGGUGCCGGGUAUGGGAGGGUUUGCGGCGCUUGGUGGGUAUCAGCAGCAGCAGCAGCAACAGCAGUGGAAUCAGUUUGGAGGUAUGGGCGGUCAAGAUUCGGCGUACCAGCGGUUGCCUGUGAAUAAUAGGCGGCGGAACUUGAAGCGCGAUAGACCCGCGGAUUUUUUUGAGACGACGAACCCUGACGGGUCAAAGGUACCGCGAUAUUGGGAGUGA